AGCAUGGCAUGUCUCUCCCCAGCCUCGUACUUGUUCUGGGCCGUUUCCUCUGUGUUGUUUGAGUGCUUCCUCGUUUAUCAUCUAUGGUCCUUCGAUCGCUUCAAGUGCCUCCGAUGGAGCAGCAGUAGCAGCGGUCAAGCAGGUGCCUUCAAGCGCUUCAUGACCUACUCCUAUCUUAUCAACAUACCACUGCUCAUCGUGUUCUCUGUCGGUUUUGUGGUCAUCAAGUACCAGGAGGGCUAUGUCGACUACCCGCUGUAUGGCAUCAUCCCGAAGCCAUACCCUCUUUGGUCACAAGCGCACAAGGACGCAGUGCUCCCCCUCACGCUCAUCUUCUCCUUCGUCUUCAGCUUCGAGAUUGUCACCCACCUCGAGGAGCUAUGCUUCUGGCUAUACCUCGUCAACUCUGGCGCAAAUCAGCGCGAUUGGUUCAAGUCUCCUCACUUCAAGUUUUGGGUUGGGGGCUCCGCUGUCGCGCUCGUAUACAUGCCGCUCGUAUGCGCGCUGACAAGGCAGGACGUGCUAAAGAACGAAGCAGCCACAUUUUUUGCCGGUGGCCUCGGAAGCCUGCUUGUGACCGCUGGUUUUAUACCAGUAUUGGCACGAUUCCCUGCAUUCCUCGAUGCCCUGAAAGGCGAUGAGGUCGACAUGGCCACUAUCACUCGUUUGACGAAAUUCCAUGAAAUGCACUGGAUACGUAUCAUCACCCGCCUCCUCUGGGUCAUUCCGAUUCUUGCCCUUGGUGCAGAUGGGCUUAAGGGAAUUCCGUCCUUGCUGAAACACACCGGUGUCGUGGACCUGCUAUCGACAUGUUCAGCCUUUGGGUGCAUGAUCUCAAGCGGGAUUACCCUAGUGAUCUUCUUCCCCCGUUCAAUCGAGGGGGAACUGCGCGUAAAAGAUGCAGCUCGCGCGCGGCGCGCCAAGACCCGUGGCUCCAUGCUCAGCGACCGCAAACAUCUCCUUCCAGAUACGAAACAAAUUAUCAAGGAUGCCAAGCGUGCCCUGGGUUCUGCCUCGCCAAAGCGUGGCGCCUCCUUCGAUAUGGAGGUCCGCAAAGGUGUUCUCGCCGAGGAGCUUCCCUCGCUCCCCGUCUCGCGUGCUUUCGCCGUUGAUGCACCAGGAAGUGGAACGCCUCGUGGCUGGUCAGAUACGCCACCUCCACCGGCAUGGUCCGCUACUGCAUCCCCAGCGCCCUCGCCUUUGCCAUCCGCACCGUAUUGGGGCAGCGCAUCACCAGCGUCGGGCCUGUCGCCCAUACCCCCAUCCCCGUCACCAUCGGGUGGUUCACACUUUGCGCUUGGAGACCCACCUAUCACGGUGGUCGUCCCCUCUUCACCAGCACCCAAUUCUCCAUUGACGCCCUUGCGGCGACAAUCCGUCCGUGAGGAGAUGGGCGGCGCCGGCGUCAUGCGCAUAGGCAGCUUCUCUUCCGGGUCCACAGCGGUGUCGAGUUCGCAUUUGACCGUCAGUGCCCUGACCGAGCGUAAUCUCAACGAUCACAAUCGCGCCCUCGUCAACCCCGCAGUGCAUAAAUUUACCAGUCCAAUUGAUGUCCUGUCCUAUCCGAGGCCAGGCCAGUCGAACGCCUCCCGACUUACUUUUACGCGACGAUGAGGAUGCAGUAUGCAGCGGGCUUGUGAGAUUCACUUGGUCCUGUGAGAUCUACUGUGGCGUGUAUGAUCUACUGGAAUGUACAUACCUUAAAUCCCCUUACUAUUUACCAAGGUAUAGUCGCAGCUACGUUUGUAUGUGCGGCGUCCUAUCCUUAGCACUACCAUCUCUCGUACAUACUGCUUAUUUAUUGACUGCUAACGGAGCCGCGUACAGCAGGCGUAGCAUUUACACUGU